AAAUAAAUAAAAAUUAAAAGAAAGAGCGAGCGAGACAUCCCUUGCGUUUUCUGCUAACCAAGCUGCAAGCAAAUAAAUCGGCCGGCCCCCCGCAGUCUUCUGCACGCGAGAGAUCGGCAGUGCUACAUUGCAUCUUUAAGUCCUAGAGAGCAUUGUGACCAAAUUCAAUACUAACAACGUUAUUAUUUGCACGCUGACGUGUAGAUGGACACUGCUUAAAUCAGUGCCAAGACAGCCCAUUCCUAUCAAGCACUGAAGCUAUAAGGAAAGUUUAAAAAAAAAAUUAAUAGCACAAUGAGGUGUUGCCACAUCUGCAAACUUCCUGGGAGAGUGAUGGGGAUUCCAGUGCUCCGUUUCUCCUUGGUGGUCAUCCUCGUGUUACUACUGGUGGCAGGGGCAUUGACCAACUUACUUCCCAAUGCCAAAGAAGACAAGAUGCUGGCUUUGCGUAGGGAGAGCAAAUCCCAGGGCAAAACCUCCCUGGAUUCUUUUACUCUCAUCAUGCAGACGUACAACAGAACGGAUCUCUUAUUAAGACUUUUGAAUCAUUACCAGGCAGUCCCACAGCUGCACAAGGUGAUCGUGGUGUGGAACAAUGUCGGAGAGAAGGGACCAGAUGAGUUAUGGAAUUCUCUAGGACCGCACCCUGUUCCUGUGAUCUUUAAACCGCAAACAGCAAACAGAAUGAGAAAUCGCCUCCAGGUCUUCCCUGAACUGGAAACCAGUGCAGUGUUAAUGGUAGACGAUGACACACUCAUUAGCGCCCAGGACCUUGUUUUUGCAUUCUCAAUUUGGCAGCAAUUCCCUGACCAGAUUGUGGGAUUUGUUCCUAGAAAGCAUGUUUCUACUUCUUCGGGCAUCUAUAAUUACGGAGGUUUUGAGCUGCAGACUCCGGGCUUUGGAAAUGGUGACCAGUACUCGAUGAUACUGACCGGAGCCUCGUUCUUCAACAGCAGAUACCUUGAACUCUUCCAAAGACAGCCCGCCGCCGUCCACGCUUUGAUCGAUGAAACGCAAAACUGUGACGAUAUCGCCAUGAAUUUCAUUGUCACCAAGCACACUGGAAAGGCUUCGGGGAUAUUUGUGAAACCUGUAAACGUUCUGAGUUUGGAAAAAGAAACCAACGGCUACUCUGGGAUGUGGCACCGAGCUGAGCACUUUCUCCAGAGGUCUUACUGUCUGAAUAAGCUUGUUAAUAUCUAUGAUGGCAUGCCCUUAAAAUACUCCAACAUUAUGAUCUCCCAGUUCGGUUUCCCCUAUGCCAACCACAAAAGUAAAAUGUGACAGUAAAGCAGACACAAACCUAAAACUUGCUAAGUGUUUGCGUGCUUCUCCAUGCUAUCCGUUUUUGUUUUUAAACAGCGUCAUGAACUGUUAUCUAUUCCAGAAGUUCCUAUGAUAGAAAAAAUAAAUAUAUGCAGCACUUCUGGAAUAUCAAGUUCACAUUCACUUCAAAAUCCCAGAUGCUGGUCUUGCGAAGAUGCCUUCUUGUGAAGAGUUUCCUUCCAAGGGGACGACUCCUUGGUCAGCAGUUUUUGUGUUUACAUUCUGAGCCUCUUCUACAAUUUCUUUGAUUCCUGGCAUUUGCCUUAAGGAUCUAUGUAUAGCAAGCUGUUUCCAGGAUCAGAAACUCAAGAAAGGCAUUUCUCAGCUUUUUCAGUUUCCUGUUGAUUGUUCAGUGAAAGCUUGUGGUGUAGGGAAAAGCCAUUCAAGGAGGGAAUAGUCUCAAUCCCCUGUGAAAACCAGGAAAACUCAUGACUGUAAUGCUUUGCUCACGGCCCUUCUAACCAGAAUUAACGCUGCCCAACAGUUUUGAUGCAGCUGUCAGCGCUUAUAUUUUUGUUGGUAAGCCUGUUAUGACUGGAGGGUAAAUUUUCGUGGCUGAAUGAUGUCUCGUUGUUUGCUUGAUUUUUAUGAGCAUUUUCUGCAUGGGUCAACAAAAAAUGCAGCCUGUGUUUCUUAUGUGUAACUUUCCCGUGACAAGGAGUAAAUGUGUACACCAUUUCAUCACUGAGUCUCACCUUAGGAUGCACAUUAAUUCUUGUAUUUGCAUAAAGUGUGCGUUUAAGAAACAUGAGUGAAAUAAGAUCUUAAAGAAUGACUAUGUAGAAACUAGCAGAAGUUAAAACCCUGCGUAUCAAAAGAUCUUUAUCGUUUAGCACAGGUAAUCUCAUGGACACUGAACAGCUGUGUGGAUUACACACCAAUGCUUGCAUUCAGAACUUGGCUGCUUCUCUUUUUCAAAAAAGAACCAAGGAACUUUUCAUCAUGAUUGAAAUUUCAACUGGAGAAAAUCAGAACUGAGUGGUAUCAGAGGAAGUCCACAUCGGUUCAAGGUUGUGACUGCCCACUUUAUCAUGAGAACAAGUGUCUACGUUCUGCCCAGUGUCUGCGUUUAGUUCUUGUUCCUCCUGGCAACGAACACUUAAUUAGGCCUCUCUUUUUCUUCUUCUCCUUUUUAAAUAAUGCCUGUGCAUUCUCAAAAUUGCAAAACUGUGAGAAUUGUAGAAAUAGUCAUGGUUAAAAUUCCAAGAAUGAGGUCAUUGUGCACUUAGUUCAGUUAAGUGUUGUUUCUUUACAUUGGAGUGUAUAUGUGUUUUAAUGUAAUCAGACUAAAAAAGGACUUU